AUGGACAGAACUUUGGAAUCUCUACAGCACAUCAUUUCUCAAGUCUUGCCUCACAGAGACCCUACACUAGCAUUUAAAGACUUGAACGUUGUGGCAAUGCUUCAGGAAUUCUGGGAGAACAAACAGAAACAGAAAGGUGUAUUUUCAAGUGAAGGCACUGUGGUAUAUGAGUCACUAAACUUGCCUGGGCCUCCGUUUGUAAGUUAUGUCACCCUGCCUGGAGGAAGCUGUUUUGGUAACUUUCAGUGUUCCCUGAGUAGAGCAGAAGCACGACGAGAUGCUGCAAAAGUGGCUCUUAUCAAUUCACUGUUCAAUGAGUUGCCUUGUCGCAGGAUCACAAAGGAAUUCAUUAUGGAGAGUGUCCAAGAAGCUGUGUCUUCCACCAGUGGUACUUUAAAUGAUGCAGAUGAUCCAAGCACAAGUAUUGGAGCAUAUCACUAUAUGCUAGAAUCAAACAUGGGGAAAACAAUGCUAGAAUUUCAGGAGCUUAUGAUUGUGUUUCAACUUCUGCACUGGAAUGGAAGCCUUAAGGCCCUGCGUGAAACUAAAUGUUCUCGGCAAGAAGUGAUUUCCUACUAUUCCCAAUACAAUUUAGAUGAAUGGAUGAGAAGUCAUAUGGCACUGGACUGGCUCAUGAAAGAGCAAGAAAUUCCGGGCAUUAUAUCACAAGAGCUACAAGUGGCACUUAGAGAGCUCGAAGAAGCAAGGAAAGCUGGGCAAGAGUUGCGGUUUUACAAAGAAAAAAAAGAAAUCCUUGGGCUGGCACUGAGUCAGCUGUACAGCGAUUCUGCAACUACCUCUUCAAAUGAUGAUCGCAUGAGCCUAGCUCUCAGUGGCUAUCGUUAGCCUACAUUUGAGAGAUGGGUUUAUUAUAUGGCUGCAUCUUGGUUAAUCAGAUCAAUAAGAAGUAACUGUUUACUUUACUUAGCAUACCGUGUAAUGUACUAAGCUGAAAGUCUCUGAUUUCUUCCUUGAUGAGAAGAAAGUAUCCCAAGUAUAAAAGGACUCCUUGUAUAGCAAACUAUAGCAAAUCCUAAACCAGGAAGUAAGGAAAGGACGUAGGAUUCAGUUUAUCCUUCUUUCAUCAGAUGAGCAAUGCCUAAAACUGAGAUAAUACUAUUUGAGAAUAGACCCAGGGACUUUUUAUAGUAGCUGUUUAAGUUAAAUAAUAACAUUUAGGCUUCUAAAUUCUUUAAGAAGCAUAGUUAGUUAAGUAUUGUUGCUCAGCGCUUUCAGUGUACUAAUUGAGUUUAUUCAUUUGAGAAAGAAAUAAUAUCCUUGCAAUAUGCAAAAAACCAAAACUGUGUUAAAUUUACUAGUCUUUUUAAAUAGAGAACAAUGAAGUUUUCAUAUUAAAAAUAGUGACGUGUUCUCAAAAACCAAUGAGAUAAUUUUAAAAUAUACUUAGUUGUAGCAAAUCUAUAUCAAUUUCUUUUGACCUAAGAAAGGGGGGUGGGAUUCGGGUAGUUGAAAGAAGCCAAUUAUGGUCUAAUUUGCUAAAUAAGUUAGGGAAAUAACACAUCAAGCUUGUUGCCUUUGAGUAAGGAAUCAAAUGACUGCAUUGUUCGCUAGACUAUUUUAUUUUCCUCUACAAAUCAGAGAAAGAAGUGAUAUCUUUGAACCGCAAUUGAAAUAACUGCACAUCUUGUUCAAAGUCCCCAUCCAGAAAUGGGUUCUGUAAAUACUUAGCACAGUAAGACUGGCUGCUAUAUCAACACGAUGUCAAAUCAAUGCUGGAAAGGUCAGAAUAAUACUGAAGUGUAUAGCUACCAGAUCUGGACUGCAGAAAUUCAAAUUUGGAUUCUUUAAAGCAGAUGCAUCCAUUUUCAGGAUUGCACAGAAACCUCAAAAAAGAUGGAUUGCUCUGCGAGAAUAGCAGAGAGGUGCUGUUCUCAUGGAAAAUCCGAAACACUUUGGAGUCACUUCUCAGGUAAUCUCAGCUUUACUGACUAUCACCGCCACCACCACAACAAAAAAAUCACAUGUAUUUUGGCAUUGAAAACAAUAAUUUAGAAUCAUUCAGCAUAUUUCCUGCAACAGUGUUUUGCAUCAGGCUUCACAUGAAACAAGGAUAAUUUAACAACUGAAUUGUAAUCUCCUUUUAAGAUUGCUUAACUUAAGACCUUCAAGCAAAAUUAUUCAGUGCUAUAGCAUUUCAUGCAUAAUGGAUUUUUUGAUUUAGCAGGAAUCUUGGCUGGUUAGUCUUCACUGUUUCUGUAUCACAAUACAUUGUUUAUGAAGCACAAUCCAGACGAUCUACUGUGAUUGUCAGAUGC